AUGCAUCCAUCUUCCUUCGUGCUCUGCGGCCUCCUCGUCAUCUUAAACCUGCAGCUGUCCAGCGCGUAUCCCAUCGGCGGCGGUUUGACUGAUGCUGAUGUGGACGCCUUAAAAGUGCUCCUUUACAGGCUGGAGGAGUCCAUUCCAGAGCAGCCUACGAUGGACCAGAGAAACCCCGCGGACAGGGACGGUCUGGACGGCCUGAGCAGAGAGAAUGCAGCGGACAGACUGAACCCACAAGCUGACCUGGACGAGGCGCUCAUCAGGGAGUUUCUUUCUGCCAAGAACCUGAAGAGCCUCCGAAACGACCCCAGAAAAUCCUCCAACUGCUUCGGGGGACGGAUUGACAGAAUAGGCACCAUGAGCUCUUUGGGGUGCAACACUGUUGGCAGAAAGAAUCCUAAGUGAAGAUGAAGUCUUAUUGUCUAAAUCCUGGAACUGCAACGACUCUGUCAAAACUUGUUUUUAA